CUGAGACGGCGAAACCCACCAAUGCUACUGUUUUACCUCCCCUCCAAUGCUAAAACGCUUCAUCAAGAAGGCUUGGGAGUCCCAAUCCUCUUUAGUACCUUUUAGAGAGAGCAAAGGGAAACUUGGCUAUAAAAUGCAUUUUUCAACCUCGUUAGCUAUAGCUAGGUGCAUCUUUUUUUGUUGCUCUGUUUUAACUUCAACAAAAGCUGGACCCUGUUCGGAUUGAAGGAAAUGGCUGUCGGAGGUUUUGCUGUUGACGGGCCUGCCAAUGGCUUUAACGGCAAGAUAACAGUAUCAGUUGUGAUUACUUGCAUUGUAGCUGCAUCUAGCGGCCUCAUCUUUGGCUAUGACAUUGGAAUUUCAGGAGGUGUAACAACAAUGAAGCCAUUUCUCAAGAAAUUCUUCCCAUCAGUAUUGAGGAAGGCAUCGGAGGCCAAAACAAACAUGUACUGCGUAUAUGAUAGCCAGGUGUUGACAGCAUUCACAUCAUCUUUAUAUAUAGCUGGGUUAAUUUCUUCCCUUGUAGCUAGCCGUCUCGCUGCCACAAUAGGCCGCAAGAAUACCAUGGUGCUAGGUGGCUGCACUUUCCUUGCCGGCGCUGCCAUGAAUGGUGGAGCUGCCAACAUUGCCAUGCUCAUCCUAGGACGCGUCUUGCUUGGUUUUGGAGUUGGCUUCACGAACCAGGCAAGUCCUAUUUACCUAUCAGAGGUGGCACCACCAAAAUGGCGAGGCGCAUUCAACACAGGAUUCCAAUUUUUCAUCGGCAUUGGUGUAGCAUCGGCUAAUGUUAUAAAUUAUGCUACAUCUAAGCAUAGUUGGGGCUGGCGUCUCUCCCUUGGCCUUGCCGUAGUACCUGCAGCUCUAAUGACAAUCGGUGCACACCUUAUUUCAGACACUCCUAGUAGCCUGGUAGAACGUGGAAAACUUGAGCAAGCUCGAAAAUCUCUAAUCCAAGUUCGAGGAAUCAAUACUAAUGUGGACGCUGAGCUUGCGGAGCUUAUUAGGUCAAGUGAAGUAGCCAAAGCUGCUCAAGAAGAACCUUUUGUGACUAUUUUUGAAAGGCAGCAUAGGCCUCACUUAGUAAUGUCAAUUGCUAUACCAUUUUUUAUGCAAGUAACUGGGAUUAACAUAACUGCAUUUUAUGCCCCUGUUCUUUUUCAAUCAGUUGGCUUUGGAAGUAAUUCAGCUUUAAUAGCUGCCAUAAUAAUCGGAUUAGUUACUCUUGCUUCAGUUAUGGUGUCUGCGGGUGUGGUUGAUCGGUUUGGUCGAAGAUUUUUGUUCAUAUUUGGAGGAACUCAAAUGUUCAUUUGUCAGGUAGCCGUAGCUUGUGUGCUAGCAGUAAUAGAAGGUGUUUCAGGCACCAAGCACAUCUCCAAAGGCUGUGCGAUAUUAGUACUGGUUUUUAUGUGCAUAUAUAACGCUGGGUUUGGUUGGUCAUGGGGUCCUCUAAGCUGGCUAAUUCCAAGUGAAAUAUUUCCGAUGAAGAUUAGACCUGCAGGACAAAGCAUAAGCGUGGCUGUAAACUUUGCAACCACAUUUGUUCUGUCGCAGACAUUCCUAACCAUGUUAUGUCACUUCAAAUAUGGGAUAUUCAUAUUCUAUGGAGGUUGGCUAGCCCUGAUGACAAUAUUUAUCGUACUUUUGUUGCCGGAGACAAAAGGAAUUCCUUUGGAUUCAAUGUAUCAAGUGUGGGAGAAGCACUGGUACUGGCGUCGGUUCGUUCAAGGAAAAUUGUAGCUUUACAAUUAAUUAUGGUUUUAAUCUGGUUAUAGUCUUUAUGUGAAUAAAAUUACGAAGUGAAGUGUAAUAGAAAUAGUCUAAGGCAGCGUUCGGAGAGCUUAUUAUAUCUUUGAUAUUCACCAAUAAAAAUAGAGAGUACACUUUCCCUGCAA